GAGAGCGCACUUAUUCGUCUUCUUUUUUUUUUGGAGAGCGCUUCACUCAAACCAUCCCCAUGCCCGCCCACCUGUCACGGUCCAUGCUAUCCGGGAUCCUUGGGACGAGCUUACCUCCCUUUGAAGUUGGUUAAUAAUGCUUAAGGUUAGGUAAGGAUUAUGGUUAAGGUUAGAGUAAGAGUAGGGUUUAAGGUUAGGAUUUAGGGUAUGGACGUCCCAAGGCUCCCAGAUAGCACUAGCAUACCUGGCAUUGCUACGCGGAAGUAAGUGGAUGAAUGCACUCCGGAAUUCAAGGGAAUAUAAACGUAAAAAGUAUGCGGGCUGUGUCUGCGCUAGUGUUCCUGGCCGUGGGUGUGAUGGUGGUGUUGAUGUACCAGGCGGUCCGCCAGGAGCUGACUCUGCAGGGUCUUAAAGCCCGCGCUCUGGAGAGCUCCUCUCAGGUCAAGCAGAAGGAGAACGACAUCGUCCAGGUCAAGAUGAAGAUCCAGAAGCUGAAUGGUGAGCUGGAGCCCAUCAACACCCAGAGAGAGGAGCUGACUAAGAAGAAGGAGCAGUCUGCUAAAGCCACAGGCGAGGCGGACAAGAGUCUAAAGACCUGUCAUACAGAGAAGGCCGAUGCGGAGAAAAAGAAGACUGACGCGUCGGCGGCCCUUCAGAAAGUUAAAGAUGAUCAAGAAGCACAGAAGAAGAAAGCUCAGGAGGAGAUCCAGGCGUUGAAACAGCAGAUUCUGGAGCGGGACAAGGCACUGUGUGCCUUUGUGGACCAGACCAAUGAGGAAGGACGGAAGCUGUGUGGAAUCACAGAGGCCCCAAAAUGAAGACUUGGACUAGACUAUCAGCCUCCAUCCCUCCCUCCCUCCCUCAUGCUUGCCGUGAUGCACACACACCCAUACACAUCAUCGUUGUGCAGCUCAUAACAUUCCCCACCUACAACCACCUUCACUUCACUGUACCUCUCAAUACUCAGGAAAAUAAAAAACAAGAAGGGUUUGGAAAACCCAGUCUGAAUGUCAUGUCUUCAUUACAUACAGUACACUGUUAGUUUGUGUAUGCAGGUAAGGAAGGGAGACAUUACAUUUUUUAAUUAGUGAGUUUCAUCCUAUGGUACAGGACAUUAAUGUAGGAAUGACUGAAAGAGGUUAGGGCUAAUUCCCUCAGAGAUGGAGCAAGGUGUCUCUGAGGUGACUUCUGAAUGUUGCAAAGGUUCUAGAGAAGAGUUCUAAAGAAGUGUGAAGGUGCAUGCCCAUCUGGUUCAAUUGUCUAUUAAAUAUUUAUUAUGCAUAGAUGUAUGAUUGACCUUUAUAGUGCAUCAAUGUAUGAAUUACCUUUAUAGUGCAUAGAUCUAUGAUUGACCUUUAUAGUGCAUAGAUCUAUGAUUGACCUUUAUAUUGCAUAGAUCUAUGAUUGACCUUUAUAGUGCAUAGAUCUAUGAUUGACCUUUAUAGUGCAUAGAUCUAUGAUUGACCUUUAUAGUGCAUAGAUCUAUGAUUGACCUUUAUAGUGCAUAGAUCUAUGAUUGACCUUUAUAGUGCAUAGAUCUAUGAUUGACCUUUAUAGUGCAUAGAUCUAUGAUUGACCUUUAUAGUGCAUAGAUCUAUGAUUGACCUUUAUAGUGCAUAGAUCUAUGAUUGACCUUUAUAGUGCAUAGAUCUAUGAUUGACCUUCAUAGUGCAUAGAUCUAUGAUUGACCUUCAUAGUGCAUAGAUCUAUGAUUGACCUUUAUAGUGCAUAGAUCUAUGAUUGACCUUCAUAGUGCAUAGAUCUAUGAUUGACCUUUAUAGUGCAUAGAUCUAUGAUUGACCUUUAUAGUGCAUAGAUCUAUGAUUGACCUUUAUAGUGCAUAGAUCUAUGAUUGACCUUCAUAGUGCAUAGAUCUAUGAUUGACCUUUAUAGUGCAUCGAUGUAUGAAUGACCUUUAUAGUGCAUAGAUGUAUGAAUGACCUUUAUAGUGCAUAGAUGUAUGAAUGACCUUUAUAGUGCAUAGAUGUAUGAUUUACCUAUAUAGUGCAUAGAUCUAUGAUUGACCUUUAUAGUGCAUCGAUGUAUGAAUGACCUUUAUAGUGCAUAGAUGUAUGAAUGACCUUUAUAGUGCAUAGAUGUAUGAAUGACCUUUAUAGUGCAUAGAUGUAUGAAUGACCUUUAUAGUGCAUAGAUGUAUGAUUUACCUAUAUAGUGCAUAGAUCUAUGAUUGACCUUUAUAGUGCAUCGAUGUAUGAAUGACCUUUAUAGUGCAUAGAUGUAUGAAUGACCUUUAUAGUGCAUAGAUGUAUGAUUGACCUAUAUAGUGCAUAGAUGUAUGAUUGACCUUUAUUGCAUUUGGGUGUGGUGUGCGUUAAUCAGAGUAGAACAUUGCCCUGUGUGGGUGUGGGUAAUGGGAAAAUUUCAGAUGAAUAAAGUGAAUAUUCAGUUAACAGUAAUUAACACAAUGAUUAGCAUAUGUAUAUGUUUUCCCUUUCUAUAAUACACAUGAUUUCCAAUGUUCUAUUUGUGAGACUCACUUUUGUAUGGGUUAAUGGUCACUAGACCUGAGCUACUGAAGGUACAAGGACCGAGAACACACAUUAUUAUUGUAUUGAUGACAUUAUGAACACUGAGUGAUUCUGUAGCAGACGGCAAAGUCACUGUCUUUGUAUUGACUCCAAGCCUCUCUGGCUGAUAUUUUAGAGAACAUUUGGUACUGUCUGAUUAGAAUAUGAAGGUUCUGUCUCCAAAAGCCCCGUUGGACAUUUUCUAUGCUUCUGUUCUGGAGGUGUCUCCCUGAAUGAUUGUAUUAAACUGGAUGGAUUUGAUUGA